AUGCUCUCCGUGUCUGAGACAAUUCAAACAGAAGUCCAGAAGGCAUGCACAAGUAUCGCCCUGUUUCUAAACCUACUUUUGAUUUACCUGAUCAUAAACAAAUCUCCGAAAGAGCUUGGAGCUUAUAAAUAUUUGAUGAUUUUCAUCUCCGUUCUAGAAGUUGUGUACGCAAUCGUCGAUGUGCUGGUUUGCCCGAUAAUUCAUCACUCUGGAUUCACAUUUCUUCUGAUCACUCGCCUUGAAUCUGCAUGGUUUGGACCUUCAAUUCAGUUGGCUCUAUCUGGUAUCUACUGUGGUCUCUACGGAUCAUGUAUGGCUAUGUUUGGAAUCCAUUUCAUCUAUCGUUAUCUCGUUAUCAAAGGAAAUAAAAUGUUGAAAACUUUCCGAUCCUGGAGAAUCUUCCUCUGGUUUUCAAUUCCCGUAAUCUAUGGCGUCGUCUGGGGAUCGAUUGCAGUGUUGUUCUGUGGUCCGAGAGGGAUUACUAACAGUUUGGUUGAACUUGAUAUUCUGGAGAACUUGGAUCUCAGAAUCAAAGAUAUUGUGUAUAUUGCUCCAUAUCUAUUCGAUGAUGAUCACGAGAUAUACUGGCCUACUAAUUCUUCAUUUGUGACCGUUCUGUAUUUUGGUGUAAAACUGUUCAAGGAACUGCGAGCCUAUACCGAGAAGAACAAUAAUCUAUCAGACAGAAACAAGACUCUUCAGACUCAACUCUAUUAUUCCCUUGUCACUCAAACCCUCAUUCCGAUUAUUCUCCUUCAAGUUCCCGUUACUAUUCUGUUUAUCACUGUCUUCUUCUCCGCCAACGUUGGGGAAUUCACUAGUCUCGUGUCAAUGACGAUUGCUGUCUAUCCAGCAAUUGAUCCGUUACCGACUAUGUUUAUUGUGACAAGUUAUCGGAACGCUAUUGUUGACUUCUUCAAGAGUGUAUCGAAGUGCCGAUCAUUUGGAAAUCGCGCGCCAGUGACUCAACCGACCAGUGUGGAAACUACAAGACUCUAA